AUGAAUGAUUUAUCCAAAGCUGGAUUAAGCUUUAGUGACAUCCUAAAGAAAAACGUGAAGAAUGGCAACGAUACUCUUUUCUGGAUGGACGCUUGGUGUAAGGGGGAACCUUUAAAGGAUCAACUUCCAGAGCUGUAUCAACUUGAAAAACGUAAAAGGUGCAAGAUUAGUCAAAGAGUACUAGCAGAUGGAUUUUUGUGGGAAUGGAAAUCAUCCCCUGCAACAGAUGAACAGAUCCAUAGCCUUCAGCUGUUAUAUGAGAGCAUUGGUGAACAUCGGCCAUCUUCAGAUCCAGAUUAUUGGAGUUGUCCUCUAUCAGGUGACGGUAGUUUCCUUGUUGAGGUGAUUAGAUUGAAACUUGAUAAUACUGAACCGGCAACAAACGAAGUUAUCAUUCCAUGGAUUCAUGAAAUCCCAAUAAAGGUAAACUCCUUUAUCUGGAGAGCUAAUAUGGGACGCAUCCCGUCUUAUAUAGCAUUAAAAAGGAGAGGAGUUGGGAUUCCAAAUGCAUCAUGCCCCCAGUGUCAACUGGAAGAGGAAGACGCGGAGCAUAUUCUCAUUCGAUGUCCAGUGGCGAGCAAUGUCUGGGAACCGAUUUUUAAAUGGUGCGACAUUCCGAAACCACAAUUUCAAACCAUCGGGGAACUUAUUGAAUUUGUAAAAACAUGGGGGAGAUGUCGGAAAAGGAGAAACAACCUAAUCUGUAUUAUCUUUGGUGCAAUGUGGAUUUUGUGGAAAACAAGGUGUGAAGGCGUAUUCAAGGUCAAACGAACCUCCCAUUUUCAGAUCAUUGAUAGUGUUAAGUCCGUCGUUUUUACUUGGAUUAGACACAGGAGAGUAAAUUGUUGCUUAAGUUAG